ACGGAAAUGUGUUCAGAUUGCUCUUUGCUAUUCUCCUUGGUAUUACUGCUACUGAUGGCAAUAGUUCGUUCUACCCAAGUUCAUCUAAGCAAUGCUAACGGCAUCAAAACUGCUGUAUUUUUGUCACCUAAGUUUGACCUGGAACCAGGAUCAGUAGCUGAAAAGUUAUUUCACAAUAUUGACUUUCCAAGAGGUCAUAUUGCUAUAAAGAGUUUCGUUGCUGAAGUGGUUGAUGAGGCAGGGAAUCCUGUACCUCUCUAUGAAACUUAUCUGCACCACUGGAUUGCUAUGAGAUACUACCGACCGAAAGCAGUUGAAAAUUCAAACAGUUCAAGCAACCAGAGGUCUGAAAAAUCAGAUUAUGUUGUCAUUAAGAACAAUGGGAUAUGUGAUGACCAUCUUCCCCAGUACUUUGGCCUUGGAUCUGAGACGAGAAAAACAGCAACAGCUGUGCCUGAUCCUUAUGGAAUAGAAGUUGGUAAUCCAGCAGAAAUUCCUGCAGGCUAUGAAGAAGGAUGGAUACUCAAUUUGCAUGCAAUUGAUACAAGGGGUGCAGAAGAUAAAUUGGGAUGCACAGAGUGCAGGUGUGAUCUGUAUAAUGUUACUCAAGAUGAGGAUGGCAAUGCUUUGGAGCCAGAAUAUAUUGGGGGAAUGAGAUGCUGUUAUGAGGAAACAAAGUGCAGACUUAUAGAAGGGUACAGGAGUCCAAGGAGAAGCUUCUUCAUGAAAUACACUGUCAAGUAUGUCGACUGGGACAACUCCAUCUUGCCUGCUAAAAUAUAUAUACUUGACGUAACUGCUAGAUGGCAAAGAUCGAACAAUUCUAAAGAAUCAAAUGGUCACAACUGCCAGAUCGAGUAUCUAAUCGAGUCCUGUUCCACAAACACAGCUCAUGAUGAUUGCAUCCACACAAAGAGCGUAUCCAUAGUUUUGCCAUCUGGGGGUGAGGUCAUCUAUGGUGUUGCACACCAACAUACAGGAGGUCUUGGUUCAACUCUUUAUGGGGAGGAUGGACGCGUUAUAUGCUCCUCCAUUCCAAUAUAUGGGCAGGGAAUGGAACCUGGAAAUGAGUCUGGCUAUAUAGUUGGAAUGUCAACAUGUUAUCCUCAACCUGGCUCCAUUAAAAUCUCCAGUGGGGAGUCUCUAACUCUUGUAUCCAACUAUAGCAAUGCUCAAAGGCAUACAGGCGUCAUGGGACUCUUUUACAUCUUAGUUGCUGAUCCUGAUCAACACUCACCAAACGCUACCUCUGCUCCUCAUGCUUCAGUUCAUGAGCACAAGAAAACGAGGCUACCCCAUUAUGUUUGGGUGGUAAUUCUUCUGUUUCAAGCAGCACUGGUUCUUGCUCUUGUUAUCACUUAUCAAAGGAAGUGUAGAAAAGCUGGAUACGAGUCCAUAGCGACCUGAGCUUGGCUCAUCAAUCUCCUCUCCUGGGAUUUGGGAACUUCUGAAGAAUCACUUGUUAAAGAAAGGCUGUAGUGGUAAUUUUCUUUUGACAUCUCCUAUUCCUCACGUAGAAGUUAAAACUUCAGAGAGUACUUCUCCAUUCACCAAAAGUACA